UGCAAUUAAUGGAAUUCCGCGACAUCGAUGAAAAGCCCAAGCAUCCUUGAAAUUCAGAAGAAUCAGCUUCGUUAAACUAUGAAGGAUCAGCUUGAGCUCGCAACUUCCAAGACCCGUCUGCUCCACUACCGCACCGUACCACGAAGGGAUCACACUACAAAGCGCCAAAAUCCUUGCCAAAUAUCAGUGGUCCAAUCUCAUAAAUCCCUCCAACUAUCUAUCAAGGCUCAACAAGUAUCAAUUAUCCCGUAUUCAUAUUCCGCUUCGCCGAGCCUAUUAGGGCAUCUUCUCUUCUGAACGAUCAAUCUCCCAAAAACGCAAGAGAUAUCUAUCUGCCUGCUGGUUACGCAUAAAGCCGUGGAAAUACCGGCAUGCAAAGAAAACUGGCGCAUCUGAUUUGAUGAGCCUCCAAUUUGCUGCCAUUUUGGGUCAUCACCAAUUUCAUCGCACGCCACUUGCCGCUGUACGCCUUGGUGUCAAUAGUCGUUCACAAGGUGAAUGAGCGCAGCUAACAUGUCAGCUGGGCUAUCGGCAAACAGACUUGCAACAAGUCUGCAUGUCUCGUACAUCCAAUCCUUAGGAAAGUCAACAGGCUCCUUGGCAUACCAUCUUACCGCUCAUCUUCGAUUAAAUGCUAUCUACUGGGGCCUCACGGCCCUGUGUGUUAUGGGUCGUCAGGAUGCCCUCGAUCGGGAUGAGAUGAUUGAGUUUGUCAUGUCUUGUUGGGACGAUGAAUUAGGCGCAUUUGGUGCACACCCGGGCCACGAUGGACACGUCUUAUCAACACUAAGUGCAGUUCAAAUCCUCCAUAUUCAUGGCGCGAUCGAUAGGAUAGAUGUGCCGAGGGUGGUAUCAUUCACUUCAAAACCCCUCAGGGUCGUUUUCUGGCGAUCAAUGGGGGAAGUUGAUACGCGAUUCACUUACUGCGCUGUGUCGGCUCUCUCACUACUUGGUCAAUUACAUGCUAUUGAUGUGGAUAAGGCUGUUUCUUACUUAAGGAAGUGCCGUAACUUCGAUGGGGGCUUCGGUAGCAGUGAAGGAGGAGAAAGCCAUGCUGCUCAAGUUUGGACUUGUGUAGCGGCUCUCGCUAUAUUGGAUCGGAUAGAAGGGGAGGUGGAUCAGCAGAUCUUAGGGUGGUGGCUCGCUGAACGCCAGUUACCUAAUGGAGGGUUGAAUGGUCGCCCAGAAAAACUGGAAGAUGUGUGCUAUAGCUUCUGGGUCCUCUCCUCAUUGGCCAUCCUCAAGAAAGUGCAUUGGAUUGAUCCCGACGCGCUAACCAAUUUCAUUCUGUCUGCUCAGGACCUCGAAGGUGGCGGAAUAGCAGAUCGGCCAGGGGAUAUGGUUGAUGUCUUCCAUACGAAUUUCGGGGUUGCUGGCCUUUCAAUUCUGGGCUAUCCGGGCCUAAAUGACCUGGAUCCUGUGUAUUGUAUGCCAGCAGACCUUAUUAGGAGGUUAGGACUGGCAAAGGAUUGGAAAGCCCUUGACAGGAGGACUCAAUGA